CAGAAAGAACAGUCAUAAUGCAGGCAGGGCAAAGCACUAGGGACAAAAUGUAUGUGAAAUGGUUUGAAACAGAAAUGACAGUUUUUCAAAUUUGCCGCCUGUUCCUGACCCGUACGUCCCGACGCUCGCAGGGACCGGAACACGGAAGCCGGAUGCCGGCAUUGGCCGGAGGAGAUGGCCGGGAACGCUCCAGGGGACGCAUCGUGGGAGCGAAGGACAAGGUAAGCGCUGCAGGGAAUCCCUGAGCAACGCUGCAUGGUAAACCGAGUGUAGCUCGGGGUUACCGCUUUUGAUACUGAAA